CGCAUGGUGAACCCUUGGCCUUGGCGGCCUUGUGACACGCACAUCAUGGUGGUGACAUGGGCGGUGCAGCCUCCUAUGUCAGCUUGCCAUGCGCAGACCCUGAAGAGGUGUCGCAGCGCAGCUGCAGCACUCAGCAGGAGGAGGAGUUCAACCUGGCUUGGCAAGUCUCAAAACUGGCCAUGUUGGGGAUCUGCGCGGUAUGCUAUGUCUUUGGGCUCACUCAGGCCCUCUUCAUCGUGGAUCCUCCAUUUUACAGCGGCAAUCGUGAGCCGCCAGUGCAAAGAUCCAAUCUGGAGCUGAUAAGCUUCUUGUACCAGCAGGGCAUGCCAACAGCAUCUGGCGCAGUGAUUCUCUUCGCCAUCCUCCUUCCGAUACUGAAAUUUGGGAUGACGCUGAUAUUGCUCUUGAAGCCCAAGCAGCUGUCAAAGCCACAGCUCUCUGUCUUUUGCCAAUGCCUCAAUGUUGUGUCGCCCUACCAGAUGUGCGAUGUCUUUCUGGUGAUGUUUAUGCUCUCGUACCUGAAUAUUGGGAUGUCAUCGCAGAGUGGUGUCUACAAAUGCCAACUUUGCCAGGGUUUUACAAGUUUCUUCAUUUACUGUGUCAGUUCCAUUAUCAUGGCCCAGAUGCUGCAGGUUGAGAUCAAUGAUUUGGAAGUACAUGACGCUUUUAGUGUCCGCGAGCUCUCUGUUCGAAGUACUCCCAGGAACUUGCCGGAGGCAGUUCCUCCUAGUGAUGAUAGGAGUCUCAUUCUCUUUGGAGGUCUAUGGCUGGUUUGCACCACCUUCGUGCUUUUGGUUCCGUUUGCACCUUUGUCCUUGCAAGCGCGCGCUGCUGGCUUCAUUGUUUAUCGACAGGAUCCCACCUUUUGGGAGCUGUUUCAAAGUCUACUCUCACAAAGUCCCUUCUUCGCAUGCUUGGAAGUGACCCUGGUGAUCGUUGCUCCGGCAUGCUCUUUGCUACUUGCACUUCUGGAAGUGAGAUGCAGCGCAUUUGCUCCUGCAGCGCGAAACGUUGCCAAGCUUGGAUUGCAAGUAUUGAUCAUGGGGGAUGUUGCCGCGGUUGCACUUUGCUGCAUGUACCUAUCAAUCCAGGAGCCGUGGAGCAAGCUGGUCCGCCUGUGUGUACGCCUUCCAGCAUGCCCAGUGACCUUCUUUGUCUUCCUUGGUGCAGGUGCGUCCUGUGCCAAGCUUCGAUGCUCUAUGCAGUGGCCUCUGUGGAUGGAAACGCUCACCUGCACUGCCUUCAUGCUUGGAUGUCUGAGCCUCUGGGCUUUUGGCCCCAAAGAGCCGUCGGUGGUGCUCACGAGCCUGUCUGAGCUGAAUGAACUUUUAGCCCGUGAUUUGCCGGCUCUGAACCAUGCUCUGCAACAUCAAUUGCCAUCAACGCUGGGCAACUGCCAGGAGCUUGCGGAUCCUGAAGGCUGUCACAACCUUGAUCUGCCAGUCUUUGAAGUGCCUGUGUUGAAUGUGCAGUGCAACUUCACUUGGGUGAAAGGCCUAAGGACAAUGUUGAUUGAAAAGGCUGUGAUCACGGAGAAUCACAAGGAUUUCGAGCACAGAUGGGCUCUGAAGUUGUAUGGCCAAUUUGAAGAUGCUUGGAAGAUGUUACAGAAACAUAGCGUUUUCCUUUCUUCAUGCUUUUUUGCUCUUUUCAAAUCUUUUGCCUUUUUUGUUUUCUCUUCCCACAUCCUCCCUCUCCUUCACAUCGUUCGCUUCAUUUUUGAUUAGUUCUCUCUUUCUCCCUCUCACGGACUCAUACACUGCUUCGCUACCUUUUCUCAAUUGGCACUGGCGACAAGUGUGUUCCACACACUUAUAGAAAUGCGUGCUGAUUUGAAAGCGGUUGCCACACGCCGGCCUAAGUGAAAAACCUAAGGUUCCAGGUGAGUUAAAGCAACUGGUAUCCUCCAUGAGGCCUCAAAGAAAACCUCCAAAAGUUCAUCAACUCGAAACAUUGAAGAGAGAGCGAAAUCGACAAAAGGACGACGAGCGCUCAAGUCUGCAGAAAGCAUUAGCCCUUUACAUCACCUGGUGAACCUGGAAACAGCCUGGGCAAAGGCGGACCACUGGAGUCAAUGUGUUCAAAGCAGGUACACGGAGGUGAUCAAUCUCCGCUUCCACCAUCGUGCAC